UGCUGGAGACUGUUUUGGAGCACAUCCGAUUGCUGCUGCCACAAGGCCCAGCCCGCCAGCCACAAUGUACUGCCUUCAGUGGUUGCUACCUGUCCUGCUCAUACCCAAGCCCCUCAACCCAGCGUUGUGGUUCAGUCACUCAAUGUUCAUGGGCUUCUACCUGCUCAGUUUCCUUCUGGAACGGAAACCUUGCACGAUUUGUGCCUUGGUCUUCCUGGCAGCUCUAUUCCUCAUCUGCUACAGCUGCUGGGGGAACUGCUUCUUGUAUCACUGCACAGGAUCCCAGUUGCCAGAAUCAGCUCAUGAUCCCAGCAUAGUGGGCACCUAGAAAACAAUCUUCCAGUCUGCUGAGGGCUCUUACUUUGCUUUUAAAAAGGGGGUGGGCUAGGGAGGAGGGAGGGGGUGUUAGGCAUGUGACUGGAGUAAAAACAGCCUGUUUCCUGUAACUUUGUGUGGACUAGAGUGGUGAAUUCCUCCCACGCUGCCUGUGAAAUUCGACUUGUUUACUGUGUGAACUCUGGCAGCGCCACCUGCUUUUUUAGAAGCAGAAAUCUUUUUUUUUUUUCCUCCUUCCCGUAUCACUGGGAAUGGACACCAGCCCUCCUAGCUGAGAACUGGUGGAGGACCGAGUGGCUGGCCUCUGCCCAGCUGUUGCACGGUGGUGGAGUUGUGUGUCACUCACUUGUCUGCAUUAGGCCACGGUGGUCUAACUUAGGGCUCUCGACCCACUGAUUCUGCUCGAGUAGCUACAAGAUUCUCUCCAUCUUUCUCUUUGUGGGGAGCCAGCCUUCCCACCUUGCUGAUCAAGGGCAAGCUCGGCAGCUCACAGAUGCACUUGGCCAAAAGCUGCUGGAGCCAGAGGCAGUUGAGUCAUCUCCUCCUGCUCAGCCUGCCAAAGAGACGUGUGCACUGCCGAAGUGCUUUCUGAACUACUUAUACUCCAAGAUUAUAGCCUGAAAGCCUCAGUUAUGCUGCUGCUUUUAUGAAGCCUCACAGGUAGUAGCAACUGUCUCUUCCCCUCCUCCUAGGUUUCCAGGGUUUACCAAGGUAUUGACUGUUGGGAUAAAGAACCGGUAUGCUGCAAGAUGUGAGGUUUUGAAAGCCACUGUGAACCUCACCCUAUAAAACUCAUGCUAGCCCAAAAGGCUGGGUGUGGGCAGGGCGGGAGAGGAUCCCAAGGCGGAGGCAUGGCUUGGAGCAGUAAAUGCUUCAGCUAUUUUCAGUGAUAGUGUUUUUGGGCCAGGGGUGACAGAAGGUGCUGGUGCUACUGACUGGAAAGGGAGGAGGCUAGAGGAGCUGCCUCCCCUGGCAGAAGGAUGUCAAGAAGCCUAGUGGGUG